GGUUUUCUUGACUCCGGUUCGGAGACCAGUCCAGCUCGCCCGCAUUCCUCCUCUCUCCGAAGCCUGACCGAUAGAGACAGAGAAAGAAAGCCGGGAGGGGAGGGGGGAGCGAGAGAAAACACAAAUUAUUAUUCACAACCGUGUUGGAUUUUUAUGAACCACGGAGUCGACUCGCACCGGACGCGCCGACCAGAUCAGGCCCAGAAAAAAAAAAUAACCACGUCAAGACCGUUGCUUUGGACCUACAACACCGAUUUUAAAGAAAAGGGUGUUUUUUUUGUUUUGUUUGUUUGUUUUUUCUGUUUAAUAAUGCCGGGACUUUGCUCUGAUGUUCCUGUGUAGGUUCAGCUAUCGAAAACCAGCUUUGGUGAAACAGCCCACAGCCUUUCCACGGCGGAUAUCUCUCUCUCUCCCUCUCUCUCUGUCUCUCUCUCUCUCUCUCUCUCUCUCUCUCUUUUUUUUAAUGAGGAUUUACAAGAUGGCUGAUGACAGCUAGCCCUAACAAGGACGGGAAAGCGACGUCCCCUUUAAGAUUAGCAGGGUGUAUUUUUGUAUAUAUAGGGUUUUUUUGUUUUUGUUUUUUUGUUUCUAUUUUUUAAUCAGUUAGAUAAAUGAAGAUGGCUUCUUUUAAAAAAUAAUGACUCCAGCCUGUAGUAGCGACGACCGUCCUUGUCGGGAAACGGUGCCAGUCUAGUGUUUAUCUGUACCUGUGCUAUGGGAGAAAAUGGUGAGGUGACGUCUGAGGUAAUUUACACGAUUUAAUCGAGAUAAGGAAGUGGAUAAAUAUGUUGUCGGCUAAAGGCUGAGGCGUCAAUAGGUGAAUAAGGUGGAGACCAAAGUGUAAAAAAAGAAGGGGGGGGCCAGAGCUGAGUAAAAAUACUAAAGAUAUUUGAUAGAUGUGUCGGAGGGGGGGGGGGACCAAAAGGCUCUGCAACAGCAGCCAACAUUCCUGCGGAUCCUAAAACCCUUUGUUUUGUGCGCAGGAGCUGGACUCGACUAUUAAAAACGAUUAACUAUGCAGUAAACAGCCUGGAAACGAUGGCCCGGGUGUGAUUUUUUUUUUUCCGGUUUAAUGGGAUCAUAAGGCCUUUGUUGUCGACAGAAAAACUGGUAGAAGAGGAGAGCUGAGGCCUUGUGUACAGAUAUGCGAGCUGUGCCCACAUAGCAGGCGUUAUUCAUCAAAUAGAAAUGUCGCUUUUAUGUCGGAUGGAAGGGCCUGGGGCGCCUCUGUUGUUAAUCUGACCCGUGAGACGGCGUUUCUCGUCUAGUAUGUGUGAUUUAAACUGCUGGUGGAGGCUCCUCGGACACUUAUUUAUGAUUCAGCGGACAAAAGCGCUGCGCUGCGCUGUGAUUAUUCAGAGAAUCAGGCGUCCUUGAGGUCCUGAUAAAACAGAUUCAGGUCCCCCCCCCCCCCCACGCCUCACCAAAAAAAAAAAAAAAAUAGCUCCGUGUGUGUGGAUAGUAAUCAGGGUGUGGACUCGAACAGUCCUUUCUCAUGCUUCGGUUGUUGGUCUGAAUUGGUCCACGGUCAGUCAUAAUCCGACGCUGAAGCGAAGGAAGCUCUCAAGGUAAGGGCCCGAGCGGGCAGCAGAAAGGGAUCAAGUGUCUUUUCAUGAAGAGAUUGAUUCGCCUCAUGAUCACAUUAAGUAAUUGUAUAGAUAUUUAGUUCUCUGUGCCUUGUUUGCAUUUCAUGGUUUACCUGUAGCUUCCUGUGUAGGCCUGUAAACACACACACACACACACACACAGCGAAGCUGCAAAGGCAGGCCCGGUCUGUUUGAGUGUGUAUGAUUUUAGAGGAAAUUAAAGCACCAUUUACUGUAAUCUGUAUAACGUCAGCCUCUGCUGUGCGUGUGGAAAUCACCAAGGUGUUGUCAUCCUCGCCUGAAGCCUUCUCUGGUCAAUUUUUCUGGAAUUUGCCUUCAUGCUGCAGCAAUAAGCAAUACUCGUCGUCUGUCAGGGAGACUCAUCUAGUUUGGUCACAAGGGUUGAAAUAUACGGUCUGAUCUUUCAGGACGGCAUCGGGUCUGUUUUUAUCUUUUUCUCAAGAUUCAUUUUGAGAGUGUCAGGUUUCAUGUGAGGCCUAGAGGUCUGAAAGCAGUGGAAAACAGUUAGUGUAUGCCUGCCUGCACCAUGAUGGCCUCUGACAUGGCUGAGACGUGGAGGAACUGUUUUGAGGAGGAGCUCAUCUGCCCCAUCUGCCUGCACGUGUUCUCAGAUCCCAUCCAGCUGCCCUGCAAGCACAACUUCUGCCGGGGCUGCAUCAGCGAGGCCUGGGCCAAAGACUCCUCGCUGGCCCGUUGCCCUGAAUGCAAUCAUGCUUACACGCAGAAGCCCAGCCUGGAGAAGAACCACAAACUGUCCAACAUAGUCGAGAAGUACAACGCCCUGAGCGUGGAGAAGGCCACCACGCCGGCGCUGCAGUGCAUCCUGUGCCGCCGAGGCCCACCGCUCCCCGCAGUGAAAGUCUGCCUGCGCUGCAACGCCCCGUGCUGCCAGUCCCACGUCCAGACACACCUGCAGCAGCCAUGCUCAGCCCUGGGGCACCUGUUGGUGGAGGCGGAGGCGGUGAAGGCCUGGACCUGCCCGCAGCAUGACGAGUACAGGCUGUACCACUGCGAGGCUGAGCAGACAGCGGUGUGUCAGUACUGCUGCUUCGCCCGCUGCCACCCCAGCCACGGCCAUGCAGUCACUGACGUGGAGCUGAGACGCAACGACAUCCGACAAAGCCUGUUAAGACAGCAGGAGCGCGUGGAGGAACGAGUGCAGGAGAUCGAAGAACAGCUUUGCAAACUCGACUCUGACAAGUGUGUGGUGGAGGACAGGGUGUGUGAGCUGAAGGAGGAGGUGCGCCUGCAGUACCAGCGGAUGCACCAGCUCCUGGAGGAGGAUCUCGGUCGGACACUGGAGGCUCUGGACCGGGCUCAGGCUCGGUUCUGCCAGGAGAACGCUGCCCAGGUUUUGGCACUGGGAGAACAGCGCCAUGAGGCUCAGAAGCUGCUGAGCUCCAUCCACACAGCCUUCAGUAAGGCUGAGGAACUGAGCUUCAUGAAAAACACCAAACCUGUUAAAAUCCUCACUGACAGGUCUCAGGCAUGUGUGGGCAGCAGUCUCCCUCCUUACAAAGUCGGGAAUCUAAACUCUAAAAUGUUCCUUUCUGAAAUCUCAAAAAGAGAGAAGAGCUUGAAGAGAACGCUGGAAGCUCCCCUCACCCCUCCCUCGACCUUCCUGCAGUCUGUUCCUGCGUAUCCCAGCGGUCAGAGCUCUGGCUCUGGAGCAGAGAAACGGAAACAUUCCACUGCCUUCCCAGAGGGAAACGGGAGCGUCGGAAAAACCGCCGCUCCAGGUUUCAAGGACUCCUCCUCCUCUUCAUCGUCCUCUUCCGCAUCCUUAGCAAAGCAGCCCUACCUGGGCUCCGGAUCUGCCUCUGGAGAAGGCCAGUCCACCAAUCAGCAGCCACUCGGCACCUGCGGUCCGCCUCACAUCAGCGAGAGCGGCGGGACGGGAAGUGGAAGUGGCUCGCUGACUAACCAUCAUUCAGGCUCCGUGUUCGGCUCCUCACACUUCGCUCCGGGAGGCAGCAGCUCCUCGCACUCCUCCCAGCAGGCCGUGCUGCCGCAGUACGGCGGCCGGAAGAUCCUGGUGUGUACGAUGGAUAACUGCUACUGCUCCGGAGUGCCCUCUGUGUCAGGCCACCGCAGCCAUCCCCCGUACCCACGCUCUGGCUCCUUCCCCUGGGUCAGUGCCCAAGACUACCCCCCUCCCCCAGGCCUGGCCUCUGGAGGUCCGUCCAUGCAGGGCUUGGCAGUGAGGGACUGGAUAGACGCCUCACAGACACACAGACAUGCAGAUUUCUACGGGCUGUAUGGGCAGCCCUCUACAAAGCACUAUGUCACCAGCUAACAGAGUACAAACAUAUGCGCACAAACACACACAUACACACACACACACACACACACACACACACACUUGGAUUUAGAGACAGGCACCAAAAUAGCACACCUUUACUGACGUAUUAACUGGAAAAAAUGCAAUGCAGUUAUCCUAUACACACAUUAAAAUAAAUGUUUAUAUCAACACACAGACCUAGAGCAUGUACACACAUUCGGGGGCAGGGUUGAUCUCUUUGUGUUUUUAUUUUCUUCCUUUCUUUCUUUUCAGUCAGUGUUUCAUGUAGUGUAUUAUACGUAAAAUGCAUAAACAGCCAACCGCUCACUCUGGCACAACUCAGCUCAGCAUUUUACACUCAAACAAGAAACAAGAGAGGAUGAGAUGCAUCUUUUUAAUUAUAGGGCAGGAGACGAAUCGAUAGAAAAUGAACUUUUAAUAGAAAAUCUUCUCAUGCCUUCAUGGCUUCUCACUGAGGCUAAAGGGAAAACAGAUAGUACCGUGCAGUGUUGAGCUUUCCAGUUUAGCGCCUCAUGUUUCUCUGAUAUAUUCACCCCUCCAGUUGUACUGAGGUCAGUUGCCUUAUGUUAUUAGCAUCAUAUUUUUCUCUGCCCAGCUGACUUUAUUUUAUAGAUCCUUUAGAGAGGGGCCGCGGUCCCUUCGUGUCUCUUGAUUUUUAUCAUGGCAUUUCUUCCUUUCUUUGCUGAGUUCAGGGAUGGAUCGUACGGCUUGAACACAAAACGCUCUUCCAUGGAACACCCACAAUGCACUUGUGGAUGCCUUGUUAUGCCUGGACUACAGAUGCUGAGUCACAGAGGGACACUAGAGCUGCGUCUCACGGGCCAGUUGACCCAGGCCCACAGAGUUUCUGGGAAUUAGGCCCUUAUUCCUAGCACUCCCUUCCUGCUGCCAGGCUUUCCACAGGACAGAAAAUCUUCUGACUAAGACUGUUUCCAUUUAGUAAUUACUAUGACUUUGUGUUAUUUGGUACAACCGUAGGUGUCAUGCUUGUCUAGAGAGACUUUAGAGAAAAAGGCAAGACUGGACAGACCAAACCAAUGAAGCAUCUGGAGGAUCUGAUGAUGCUGUAAUUGUACUUCCUGCAGGGCAAAGAUGUCACUUCCUCUCAAUAAGCACACAAGCUCUUGGCUUCCUGUUUGCAGCUGAAAGCAUGCAAGGAAGAGGUUUUUUUUUUUUUUUUUUUUUUUUUUUUAAGCACUCAAAAAGAAGAACAAUGGUGGAAAAAAAAAACUGUAUGCAGUUUUAAAAUGAGUGUCUGAAAGAAAAGAAGGGCGGGAGGAAUUUUUUUCAUGAACUUUUUCUAAAAGUACGAGACUGGACUACAAAAUGUAAGCAAUGGUUCAUCAUCCUAAAAAGGAGCUGUUACAACAGUCAACAUAAAGAGAAAAAAAAAAACAACAUAAAAGUAUCUUUUUUUGUAAAUAUUUUGUGAAAUGGAAAAAUUACAGACGUGAUUUGGAGAAGGGUUCCAAAUAAA